CUCUUUGAUUUUGCUUUAUUUACUAUCAACCUCAAGUUAUGGUUUUGGAUUGAAAAUUAGGUUAACUCUGUUUUCAUGCUAGCAUUCAUAAACACUUUUGGCAUAUUGGUAAGUGAAGUUGAACACUUUGUUGAAGGAAUAUAUGACUUGAUGCCUGUGAAAUUGCGAAGGGUGAUGUUUCAGGGUCUCUGGUGGAGUUUGACAGGGCAAUUGAGUUGGACCCUUGUCAAAAGGGGCCUCUCCCUUUACUACCUUGAUAGAUUUGAAGAAGGAGCUGAGCAGUUUCGGCUAGAUGUUGCACAAAAUCCGAAUGAUACCGAAGAGAAAAACGAAUAUGUGAAUCUUCACAAAUCUGCAGCAAGUUAUGGAGGAUUUUGAUUAUUGAUGACAAACUUGGAUCA